UGUAAUACAUGUACAAUCUAUAUAUAAAACAUGUAAAUAUAUUAUAAUGCUACUGAAUAAUUUGCAGAAUAUAUGCUACACUAUUUUUAAAUGUGACAUCUGCAGUUCCAAAAUAAAGUAUUCUCAAAUCUCUCUUUCUUUGAAGAAAAAUAUAAGAAAAAAGGGUGAUAUUGGCAGAUAAUUUUAUUGAAUUAAUGCAAAAGAUCUAUUUUUCCAUUAAAGAAAUUAUCCAUCAGCCUUGUCUAUUAAACAAAGGUACAUUAACUUUUAAUUGCAUUAGCAAACAUACAAGAACUGAGAUAUCAGCCACAAUGCUUGACUCAGCAUUCUGUUUACCAGUUAUAACCUUGCAUAGUGACGUCUACAUGAUACACAGAAAAAAGCUCUUCAUUGUCAACAACACAAUUUUCACCCUUUCACCAUAAUAUCAUGGUAACACGACACCACAGUCCCUGCUUUCGUCAUGCUUGCAAUUUUGUCAACAACAUGUUGCUACAGGGAUGUUAAAGGGGUCAAAGUUCAAAGUAACUAGCCUUGGCUGCAGACGGUAUAAUAGGCAGCUGCUGUGACUUCCAAGUCAGAUCAAGAGAUGCUCAGGCAAGUAAACAGUUCUUAAGGGCUGAAGAAAGAGAGAAGAAAAAAGAUGGAGAACAGUAUGGAUGCUCUUCAUGACUCUGGGGUUCAACUGGUCCAGUAUCUCCAGAUGAACUACAUGAGCUCUCAAGACUGGUUUGUCUUUGUUUCAUUUGCUGCUGACCUCAGAAACACUUUCUUCAUUUUCUUCCCCAUCUGGUUUCACCUGUGCGAGUCUGUUGGCAUCAAACUAAUCUGGGUGGCUGUGAUUGGUGACUGGCUCAACCUGGUAUUUAAGUGGAUUCUAUUUGGUCAGAGGCCAUACUGGUGGGUUCAUGAUACCAACUACUACCAUAAUGUGUCUACUCCUGUUAUACAACAGUUUCCAGUCACUUGUGAGACUGGUCCAGGAAGUCCUUCAGGGCAUGCAAUGGGAUCUGCUGGAGUCUAUUAUGUAAUGGUCACAUCGUUACUUACAAUUGUCCUAGGAAAAAAACGCCCAAUCACCUUCAAGAAAAGGUGUUUCCAAGCCUCAUUGUGGACAGGAUUCUGGGCAGUCCAGGCUUGUGUCUGUGCAUCAAGAAUCUUCCUCGCUGCUCACUUCCCACAUCAAGUAAUUACUGGAGUCCUCUCAGGAAUAAUGGUGGCUGAAAUUUUUGACCAUGUCCAAACCAUCUACAAAGUCAGUCUGAAGAAAUACAUUUACACAACACUUUUCCUAUUCUCCUUUGCACUGGGCUUCUACCUGCUUUUAAAAGCUGUCGGUGUGGACCUAUUAUGGACACUGGAGAAGGCCAAGAGAUGGUGUGCUCAACCAGAAUGGAUAAACAUUGACACAACCCCCUUUGCUGGUCUGCUUAGAAACCUGGGAAUUCUGCUUGGGUUAGGAUUAGCACUCAACUCACAAAUGUAUAAGGAGAGCUGUCAAGGAAAGUUAGGAGGGCAGGUCACCUUCCGCCUCUGCUGUAUUAUAGCGUCUUUACUGGUCCUCCACCUUUUUGAUAGCUUCAAGCCACCUACCAAAGUUGAGAUGAUUUUCUAUAGUUUGUCUUUCUGCAAAAGCGCUGCUGUUCCACUGACUUGUGUAGGAAUAAUUCCUUACUGUAUAUCACAGGUUAUGAAUCAGAGAAAGAAAGUAAAAUAAAAAUGAAAUCACAUGUAAUGGUAUGGUUAGCUAUUGAAUGAUAUUUAUCUAGAUGAGAGAACAUUAACAAGUUCCAUCCCUUUAAAGGUUCUCUUUAAUUUAGAACAUAUCCAAAAUGGUCCACAUCAUCCAGAUUUUAAGAAAACUACUGAAAAAUUACUCAAAUCCUGUCAGAGAUUAAUCUGAUUAUUGCAAAGUUACAUAAGUAAAAUAUAGGUCAUCUAAUGGUCAUGAAGAUGACAAUAUUAAGCAUAAGAAUGCACAGCUGGGGAAAUAAAUAUUCUGAACAAAUUGUUCUGGACAACAAUGCUUGAAGAAUACAGAGGAUCAAGUCAUAGUGACAAACAGAGAUUGACUGGAGACUGAUCCAGUUCAGAUGAUGAAGUAUGACCAAUAUUAUCAAAAAAUAAAGAAUACAUUUGAUUAAAAUGUUAUUCAGAGGUUCAACAUAUAUGGUGUAAAAGUGCCUUAGUGUACAUUAUAACAAGCGACAAUUAAUUACUAGAAAGGUCACACACUGGAAGGAGUUAACUAAACGCCUGUAAAGUAAAACUAUGUAUUUUUUUUAUAUAGAAAUGGUGCUAAAUAGAUACACAUUGUAUAGUCUUGACAAUACCCACUAAUCUACUUUUAAAGAAUGUUUUAAUGGGUGUUUGUAAUAUUUUUUAUGUUUAAGCCAGGUUAGAUAUAGCUGGCAAGUAAAUGUCACCUUAGUUCUGUCCCUCAAAGUAAAAAAUACUUUUCUAUUUUGUAUAUUUAUUAUCAUGUUGUAAAAUUGUUAAAUAAACUGUUUUUUUAUGUAAAAAAAUAAAUAAAAAAAAAUA